AUGCAGCAAAUUUUGUCCAGAAAAACAACCAAGAACUCAAGAAUAAAUCUAAUAACAAAAACAAUAGGAAAGCCAAAGCCUCUGCCCAGAUGCUCAUGCUCAAUAACUGCAGAUGGGCCUUCCUUGUUCUAUACUUUUGAUGGAAGAGCACUUUUCUUUUCAGCAGACCAAGAAGAACCAAUAAUAUCGCUACCAGACGAAACAAGAAAGGUGGUGUUUCCAAAUACCGAGGAUAAUGCUGUUAUUUUCCUUUUGAGUGCAAAAAACAAGCUUGAGUGCUGUGAUUUCACUCCAACUUUGAGUGAAAAUCGAUACAUCGUGACAAGGAAUGUCGUACAAAUUGAAAAAUCAUGUGGAAAGGUUUUUUAUAUGUUUAAGAAAGACCAACACCAUUUUAUUAAUGAAUGCAUUUUCAAUGGCAAGAAAUGGAUUGGCCAGAUUGCCAUGAUUAACAUUGAAGGAUCAGCUGUGAAGCUGUUUGCCUCGAAUGGUACAUUCUUCUAUACUGUUGAGUCUAAGGUAUUUGACAGCACCGGCACGUAUCUAGGCUUUUGUGCUGAUUUUGUCUAUCGUUACGGUGAUUUGAUGGUUACCGGAAUACAAAAGAGCGGCUACUAUGAAAUUAGCCUUUUGAGUGUGAAAACAUCCUAUUCCAUAAUUGAAUCAUUUAAUAUGCAAUGCAGUGAAGUAGCAAAGAUCACUGCACAUCAUGAUCUUUUAAUAUUCCAGAAUCUGAAUGAGCUGAACCUAUUCAAGAUUAGCACUGACACUGAAAGCUUUGGUAUUAAAUACAACAUAAAACAUGACUACGAUGUUUUCGACUAUGAUUUUAGUAUUGUUGAAAACUCUGUCUAUCUUUAUAUUCUCGCCGAUUCAAAGCACUUUGAUUCAAUAGAUGCCAUACUCGAUUCAAACAUCGAGUCCUAUAAUAUAACUAAGCUUUCAACCGACAAUAUCAAAUGCUUUGAUGGCAGCUUUGAUCUACAUUCUGCGCCUGAGCGUGCCAAUUCAGGUAAAUCCAUUGCAAACUUAGGAUCUAGACAGUCUUCUCCAACCAAAGUAAAGCCAGAUUUUGAUGUAAAUGAUGCUGAUUUUUUCUAUGAUAGUCUUCCAACCAAGAAGUCUUCGAUUCUUCGGGAAAUGGAGUCCAUGUCCUUAGCCCCAUCAAACAGUGAUAUGGCAUCAGAACCAAAACCAAGAAACAAUCUUCUGGAAGAAGUAAGAGCGACGCUGAGUAAAAAGAAGCUCUCUGCCCAGGAUCAAGAUCUGAAACAGGUUGAAGAGCCAGUAAAACCCAUACAGGACCGAUUUGAGCUAUAUAAAUCUAUGAGCUCGGAUGCCGCAUCUGCACCUGAGAUUCAGCUAUCCAAGGAUGAAAACACAUACCUGGAUGCCGCAUUAAACGGCAGAGAUGCACAAAUACACUCAAAGAUUCAUUUGAAUGAUAAGCAUUCCCAGUACCAGCUAGUAGAUGGCGCAUUCUCCAAAGAAAAUACAUCUAAUUUGAUUAAUCCGUCUGACAUGAUGAAUGUGCUGAAUAGUAUUGACAAGAGUCUGUGUGAAAUCAGGCAGUAUUACAAGCAAACACAAUCUGCCAUUCAGUCUUUGAGUUUCAGAGAAGAUCAAAUAAGGAGUCUUUUGAAGAACAUUAUUGUGGAAGCUCUUGUCCCAAGUGUUGAGGCAUGCUUUAACGAAAUGAGAAUUCAAAUGCAGACUGAGCUUAAGAAAAUACUGUCUUCAGCAACUAGGUCAGCUGAAGAUCCAAAAAUAUGUCUGAUCAAAAAACAUCUUACGAGUGGCAAGCCUGCUCAAGCGAUUAUUGAGCUUUUGAAACUAGAUGAAAAAGAAAUUGCAGCUAAUCUCUCAUUAUUCACUCCAGCCUCGAUUGAGAAUGUCGAAUCCAAUGUUCUUUUCAUGCUACUUUCGAAGAUAUACUCACUUCUACAAAAAUCCUCUUCUGAUUUAUACUUUGAUUUGAUAUACUAUUGUCUUGUUGACAUUGAAAUUGACGAUUUGUCCGUCGAAAACUUACAAGAGCUGAGUAUUAUGCUGAGAAAUAUCAGAGAGACAGAGUCGUUCAACAAGGAGAAAUACUCUGAUUUGUCCUGCGUUAUCGACAUUAUUUCAAAGAGGAUUCGAAAAAGGGCAAGACGAGAUAGUUCUAAGUAA